GUCAACAGCAAUGAGCCAAAAGAGACAAACCAAGUUUCAAAACGGCAAAUCAAAGACAUCAGAAAAUAGCUCAGCUAAACGUGAGAAAGGAAUGGUUGUCAAUGGCAAAGAGAUUUAUGAUGCAGUCGGGCGAUCAAAAUUUGUUCUAGAAAACCUUCGGCAUUACACAGUCCAUCCAAAUUUGGCCCAGUACUAUAAGCCUCUGAAGGCCACUGCACUGCAGAAAUUCCUGGCUCAAAACAGGAAAACCACCAGCUUCAUGUUAAAAGUAACAGAGUAUGACCAGGAUAAGACCUUACUGAUUAUGACCAACAACCCACCUCCCUGCUCAAUCACCCAUCAAGACAAGGAGAGUGCACCAAAGUACUUUUCCAAGGAGUUACUGCUCAAGGCCAUGGAUCUACUAAACAAAGAACUUUCUUUGUUAAGGUUUUCCACCGACAAUGAUUUCAAGAGCGAAGGGAAGUAUUCAAAAGUCUACGCUUUGAGGAUGCAGAAAAAAACGUACCCUCAGCUCACCUUUGCUCCAGUCCAUGAGAGAGGUAUGAGGAAAGACGCUUCCAAGAAGUCAGCGAGUGAAAGGCCGAUUUCCAAGGUGAUUCGGGAACCACUGACACUCGCAUCGCUCCUGGAAGAGAUGCCCACCAGAACCGCGCCCGGGGAGAGCGCCUUCCGCAACGGGAGGGCUCCGCAGUGGAUUAUCAAAAAGGCCACGGUCGUAGGGUGAACACAGAACCCUCAGUCCUCCCGCCUCGCUCUCUUGAGACUGAGGGGUCCGCAGAGGUCGCCAACCAAAUAAAACCACAUUCCUGCU